GCAUACAGCGGAGUUGAUCCUGGGCUGAAUAAUCCAGAGUGAGGAGUUGGACGGGACUGGGAGUGAUGAAAUCCAGAGGGGAACCUGGAGUCAGCAGUUAGGAGGGUCCCGCCUUCCCCAGGUGCAUAUAAAGGUCUCUGGGGUUGGAGGCAGCCACAGCAUGCUCUCAGCCUUCCUGAGCACCUUCCCUUCUUUCAGCCAACUGCUCGCUCGCUCACCUCCCUCCUCGGCACCAUGAGCACCUGCAGCCGCCAGUUCACCUCCUCCAGCUCCAUGAAGGGCUCCUGUGGCAUUGGGGGCGGCUCCAGCUGCAUCUCCUCCGUCCUGGCCAAAGGGUCCUGCCAUGCCCCCAGCACCUGGGGAGGCCUGUCUGUCUCCUCCUCUUGCCUCUCCUCUGGGGGAGCCUGUGGGCUGGGAGGUGGCUAUGGCGGUGGCUUCGGCAGCAGCAGCAGCUUUGGUAGUGGCUUUGGGGGAGGAUAUGGUGGUGGCCUUGGUGCUGGCUUCGGUGGUGGCUUUGCUGGUGGUGACGGGCUUCUGGUGGGCAGUGAGAAGGUGACCAUGCAGAACCUCAACGACUGCCUGGCCUCCUACCUGGACGAGGUGCGUGCUCUGGAGGAGGCCAACGCUGACCUGGAAGUGAAGAUCCGUGACUGGUACCAGAGGCAGCAGCCCAGUGAGAUCAAAGACUACAGUCCCUACUUCAAGACCAUCGAGGACCUGAGGAACACGAUCAUUGCGGCCACCAUUGAGAAUGUGCAGCCCAUUUUGCAGAUUGACAAUGUCAGGCUGGCAGCUGGUGACUUCAGGACCAAGUACGAGCACGAACUGGCCCUGCGGCAGACUGUGGAGGCUGACGUCAAUGGCCUGUGUCGGGUGUUGGACGAGCUGACCCUGGCCAGGACUGACAUGGAGAUGCAGAUUGAAGCCCUGAAGGAGGAGCUGGCCUACCUGAGGAAGAACCAUGAGGAGGAGAUGCUUGUUCUGCGAGGUCAGACCGGUGGAGAAGUGAACGUGGAGAUGGAUGCCGCACCUGGCGUGGACCUGAGCUGCAUCCUGAAUGAGAUGCACUACCAGUACCAGCAGAUGGCAAAGAAGAACCGCAGAGACGCUGAGGCCUGGUUCCUGAGCAGGACCGAGGAGCUGAACAAAGAAGUGGCCUCCAACAGCAAACUGGUACAGAGCAGCUGCAGUGAGGUGACGGAGCUCCAGAGGGUGUUCCAGGGCCUGGAGAUUGAGCUGCAGUCCCAGCUCAGCAUAAAAGCAUCCCUGGAGAACAGCCUGGAGGAGACCAAAGGCCACUACUGCAUGCAGCUGUCCCAGAUCCAGGGACUGAUUGGCAGCGUGGAGGAGCAGCUGGCCCAGCUACGCUGUGAGAUGGAGCAGCAGAGCCAGGAGUACCAGAUCUUGCUGGACAUGAAGACACAGCUGGAGCAGAAGAUCGACACCUACCGCCGCCUGCUGGGGUGCGAGGACACCCACCUUUCCUCCCCACACGCAUCUGGCCAAUCCUAUUCUUCCCGAGAGGUCUUCACCUCCUCUUCGUCCUCUUCAAGCCGUCAGACCUGGCCCAUCCUCAAGGAGCAGGGUUCAUCCAGCUUCAGCCAGGGCCAAUGCUCCUAGAACUGAGCUGCCUCUACCACAGCCUCCUGCCCACCAGCUGGCCUCACCUCCUGAAGACCUGGGUCAGGACCCUGCUCUGCCGGCGCAGUUCCCAGCUGUCUCCCCUGCUCCUCUGCUGGUGGUGGGCUAAUAAAGCUGACUUUCUGGUUGAUGCAAACCUGUGUGAUCUCUGUUCUUGAACUGAUGGGAGGGGAGUUGCAGGUGCUUUCCAGAAACCUCCUGGAGGCUCACAGCCUGAGAGAUGUGGGAAAUGGGACAAAUCUCAGAAGAUCUUGAAGGCUUUUCCUGGAAGACCUCCAUGCUCUAUGGAAGUGGGAGGUGGGACACAGGAUGGGGGAGUGUCCACACGUGCUG